UCAGCAUGCCAUGAUGCGUAUCGACCAAAACAGCACAGGCGGAUUUAAAGUAAAGUAGAGCCUCUCUGUAAUCAAACCGCGGACUGUUUGUUUGGUUUAGGCGGCAGAAGAGGACGCGGCCGAGUCUCAGGUGUCUCAGCAGACUCCAUCUCUCUCCUGCGUCCAUUCCUCCCGCUCCUCGUCCCUCUGUCUGGCUGUGCGGAGAGGAUCCAUGGAGAGAGCUGUAAAUGGCUGAGGAACUGUGCACCGGCUGGUUUCGCAUUGUUGCAGGCUCCUUGGAGAUAGAGGAAUGCAAAUCUGCAACCAUGAUGGAAGGAUUGAAAAAACGUACCAGGAAGGCCUUUGGGAUACGGAAGAAAGAGAAGGACAAUGAUUCCACGGGGUCCCCAGACAGAGAUGGGGGUGAACCCCAAGAAGUUGAAUCGUCUCAGAAGAGGAGCAACGGGGCCCCCAAUGGCUUCUAUGGGGAGAUUGACUGGGACAGAUAUAACUCUCCUGAGGUGGAUGAAGAGGGCUACAGCAUCAGACCUGAUGAGGAGGAGGAGCAAGCUGGCCCCAAAACGAAGUCCCACUUCUUCUCCUCUGAUGAGUCAGAAGAGGAGGAGGACCAACGGAAAAAGUUCAAAAUCAAGAUCAAGCCGUUGCCGUCAGACUGUGCUGUGACGGCGCCCUCGGUCGAUGAACUGAGAGCCUCCAUAGGCAACAUAGCUCUGUCCCCGUCUCCUCUGAGGAGUCCGAGACGUAGCCCGGGUUUGGCUAAAAGGAAUACCUCCAGUGAAGAGAUUGCUAGACCGAGGCGCACCGUACCUGUUGUACCUCCUGUGGCCCCGACCCCAGCCCCAGCAGCCCAGCCCGCCAGUCAACAAGCACCAGUCCCUGAAGAUGCCACAGCCUUAUUUGGGCCUCCACUGGAAACAACCUUUGGAGAUCAGAAAGUUGAAGUGGUUCUGUCUGAGUCCGAUGCGUGGGGGGCUCCUCUGUCAGAACCAGAGUCCACUUUGACAAGACUUUUCCCCACAGGAACACCGCCUCCGCUUCCACCGAAGAACGUCCCGACGUCUCCCCCGACAACCGGCCCUCCCUCUGCAGAUGCCACCGAAGUGACAACAGAAGCAGAGGAUUCCACCAGGAAGCCCUCAAUAGCCGACUUGGACAACAUCUUUGGCCCAGAGGAGGCAACCGCUGCUAGAGAAGAUGAAGAUGACAAGUGGGUCUGCUUCAGUGAAGAAUCGUCUGACAGACCACCCCUACCAAAGGACCCUGCACCUCCUCUGCCCUCCUCUCCCCCUCCUCCAGAAGAACCAGCACCUCCAUUGCCAGCCUCCCCACCUCCACUUGAAAAUCAAGCCCCACCCUUACCUACAUCACCACCUCCUCCAGAAGACCCUGCACCUCCUCUCCCUACCUCACCACCCCCAAAAGAAGAGCCUGCUCCCCCUCUACCAACAUCCCCGCCCCCGGCUGAGGAGUCUAGUGCACCUCCUGUCCCCUCAGCCUCUCCCCCGCUUGAAGGCCUUAAUCCUCCUUUACCCACCUCUCCACCUCCUGCACCAGAGGAGCCUACAUCUCCACCCAUUGUGUCUCCUCCAGCCUCAGUCCCUCCUCUUGACUCAAACUCCAGCAUCCCAACAGCCCCUGCUCCCAAAGCAGCCACUCCUCCUGCCGCGUCUCCUCCUGCUGAGGAAACUGUGACACGCUCCGUCCCACCACCCCUUGUCCUGGCUCAAGAGGAAAAACCCAAGAGUCCAGACGCCACCUUACCCAAAGAGGAGGCUGGUGACAAGAUCACCUCGCCCAAAGAUGCUAGCCAGGGGAGCCGGAGUACGCCUCCUCCACCUCCUCCCCCCACGUACCGGACAGUGGUGUCCUCACCAGGCCCCACCUCUGGAGCUGGUGGCACAGGCAGUGGUUCCUCCUCUCCGGUGCGACCUGCCACCCCAUCAUCAACUAACCCCACCCCUCCACCACCUCCACCGCGCCCUCCCUCACGGCCCAAACUUCCUCCAGGGAAGCCCACUGUAGGGGAUGUGAAUCGUCCAUUCAGUCCGCCGGUCCACUCAGCCAGCCCCCCUCCCAUCGCCCCCCUGGCCCGAGCUGAGAGCACCUCCUCCAUCUCCUCCACCAACUCCCUGAGUGCCGCCACCACCCCCACCGUCGGUAAAGAGCUCUCCGUGUCUGUGUCAGAGGACGAUGAUUAUGUAAACAAACUGCCCACGUUUGAGAGACACUUUGAUUCAUUCGCAGAGAAUGACCAGCCAUCCCUGGUAUGGUUUGACAGAGGGAAGUUUUAUUUAACCUUUGAAGGUUGCUCCAGAGGGCCCAGUCCUCUCACCAUGGGGGCUCAGGACACCCUCCCCGUCGCGGCUGCUUUCACAGAGACAGUAAACGCCUUCUUUAAAGGAGCCGACCCCAGCAAGUGUGUUGUCAAGAUCAUAGGCGAGAUGGUGUUGUCGUUUCCGGCGGGAAUCACGCGGCACUUUGCCAAUAACCCGUCCCCCGCCGUGCUAACCUUCAGCAUAACCAACUACAGCCGGCUGGAGCAUGUGCUGCCUAACCCCCAGCUCCUCUGCUGUGACACCACCACACAAGCCAAGGCCAACGCUAAGGACUUUUGGGUGAACAUGCCAAACCUGAUAUCCCACUUGAAGAAGGUGGCAGAACAGAAGCCUCAGGCGACGUACUACAACGUUGACAUGCUCAAGUAUCAGGUAUCAGCACAGGGUCAUCAGUCAACUCCUCUGAACCUGGCGGUGAACUGGAGGUGUGAACCCACCAGUACAGACCUGAGGAUAGACUAUAAAUACAACGGGGAAGCCAUGUCGACACCGAUGGCCCUCAACAAUGUCCAGUUCCUCAUCCCUGUCGAUGGAGGAGUCUCCAAACUACAGGCGGUGUUGCCCCCUGCUGCAUGGAAUGCUGAGCAGCAGAGAAUCCUUUGGAAGAUACCUGAUAUCUCACAGAAAUCUGAAAAUGGAGGUGUGGGAUCGUUGUUAGCACGUUUCCAGCUAAACGAGGGUCCCAGCAAGCCGUCUCCGCUGGCCGUGCAGUUCACCAGCGAGGGCAGCACUCUGUCAGGCUGCGACAUUGAACUGGCUGGGCCAGGAUACCGCUUCUCCCUCAUCAAGAAGAGGUUUGCUGCAGGAAAAUACUUGGCAGAUAACUAAUCCAUGCUACUGAGAGCAGCACUAUUGAACAAAAAUAACACUGAAGACGAUGUCAACGGACUGACGUUGACAUCAAGGACAGAGGACAGACCCACACCCGACAGACUCUCCAUUAACCUUUUUUGAACCCACGAGGCAGGUGGUGCAGCCUACUCAGCAGUAUUGUAUAACUUGCAUAUAGCAUUGUGGAACUGUUUUCGGUCAUGUAAUUAUUGUAUUUGUACAAUGUAUUCAUUUCAUAACAUCUGUAUUGCUGCAGUUAGACACCUGGGUUCUUUCCUCUGAAGUCUGUGCCUCUGUCUCCAUCCCCUCCUCUGGUCAAUGUGUGGUGUUGUUUGACAAUUUCACUGCAGCUGCCUGACCAGAGCCAUGGAUAUAAACAGUUUGGCCACAUUGUACUGUGGGCAACACAUUGCUGCCCCCUUCUCCAGAAAAAAAAUUGUAGCAACAACACCUCUCUGUAGUCAUAUGCCUUUUGAUUUUAAAAAUCAGCUGGCAGUUGCAAAAUACAUGCAGGCUACUUGGCAGUAUGACCAUAGAGCAGUACUGUGGAGCAAACAUGGCUGUUGCAGACUUUUACAGUUACCAAACUCUGUUUAUCAGUGGCUCUGAGCCUGACUUUCCAGACACCACCACACACAUACAACACAACCUUUGGUGCAUCCAAAAGAUAGGGACUCAGAGGUAAAGCAAGUUGCGCAAGUUAGGCCUAGGUCAAAGCAUUUUAAAUUCCUGACCUUUCUUAGGACAUAAAAAAUCGGAGCCCUAUAAAUGACCACUCUGUAUGGGCUCCUCUUGGUGUCUCUGGGCUCAGGUCCAGGCACCGCUGUCCUAGUUGUCUCCCCCUGACUGCAGCCCAAAGUGAAGGUUAUGCCAGAAAGUUAAUGCGACUAACUGAUGCAGUUUGACGCGGUUCUUAAAGACGGUAAUUCUUGUCGGUGCAUGUCUGUGAUUGAAGAGUGUACAGUAACAUUCAUAGGAUUUAAGGCGUUGGCAUCUCAAUGAAUUUAGCUUAAACUGCAGAGUUUUCCAUGCACCACCUACUGGUACUACAGGGUCAAAUGACACCUAUGUAUUACUUUUUUUACUAUGAAUGCACUGAUCAAUCAAACUGUUUUGUUGUUUUUUCCUCUGAAAUACACAGUCAGUGAGAGGUUUUUAGCCGUUAGGCAGCUGCAAUGAUAAAUCAGUUCCUGGUCGCAAAAUAAGAAAAUAUGUUUUCCUUUAGGAAAAAAAAGAACUGUACAAAGUGUCAUUUUAAAACAAUAAUAUAUAUCUUAAAGGGCGUUUGGUGUUUUCCUUGUAUUGUCAGAUAGCCUUUCUGUUGUUCCCAGGACAGCAGUGGUAGACUCCAGAGUACAUGACAGCAUUCUAUUUUUAUUUAUUGAUGACAAUGAUUUGUUGUAUAAAGUAUGUGAUUCUGUAUAUGAAUAGAUUUGAAUGGUAUCACAAUUCAGAACCCUUAAAGAUAUAAAUAUUUGAAUUUUUUUCUUUUUCUUUUUUGUUAUCUGUGUAGUUGGGUAACCUGUGUACAGUAUAAGGUAUAAUUUUUGAAUUAAUUUCAGAUAUAAUUUUUUAACUCAAGUGCAACAGAAGAUUUGAGCUAUAUAUGGGUGGGGGGGGGGAUUCAAAGAAAAAGAUAAAUAUCUUCCUGGAUGCUGUGUCAUUCUUUGUGAAAGCAGUGUUAUGUAGAGUUAGUUACACCAUGGGCAAGGUCUACACUUUAAGACAAUGACAACAAAAACAAUCAUGUUUCGGGGACAGCAGUGUGGAAGUUUGGUACCACCACUGGGACCAGGAUCCUUUUUGCUGGGACCAGUUUAACAGUUUUUAAUGCAAACUUCAUAGCAGUAAAUCAGAAAAAAAAAUAGCGCACUUGUACUGACCUAGCACUCUCAGGUGCAGGUCGUGCAUCGGCACAUUGAGUUGUUUACGUUGGCUGCAUCUUGUAUCCUCAGCAUAGACCGUGUGUCGCCAGUUAGCUUCUGACCAUUUCCAGUCACCUCAGUGCGUUGGUGGUACCUCAAUCCCCUGAGUGCAUAUUAUUUUGCAUUGACGGCAUGAGCACACCCUAGAUCACCCAACCAGUGCUUGAAUCCAUGGCUUUAUUUUGCAUAAUGGUAAUGGUCUCUGUGAGAUGACAUGAGUGAGGUUCCGGAGGGAGGUUUAAGAUGACCAAAAUGCUUUUUGUAUUUUAUGUGUGUACCCCGGAAAGUCCUCUAUAAAGGAGAAUAAGCUGAAUAUUUUUAAAAUGGACAAAAAAGAGAAAAAAAAAUCUUAUGUUGUUUAAUGUGAAAAACACUGUGCUGAUGUUGAACUUCCUGAAUGCUCUGAUACUCAACAUGAACAAAAGUAUGUUUGCAGUUGAGCCUAAGGUCUCUGUGCUGUAUGAAGGCCUGAUAGGUGUGUCACCGUUGUAUCUCUGCUAAAUAUAACCAUUCAUUGUCCUCGUACUGCUCCCACAGAAGCAUCUUAGGCUUGGUUUACACAGGAACCAAACAUUUUGGGGUUGGCUUUUUGAUCAUGUGGCUAUAAUAAACUGCACUAUGACCUAACAGGACAGGUAGCCUAACAUCAGUACUCCUAUUCUCAACCCCAUUGUUCUUUUGAUCAACAGUUGUACUUUGGGGUUUAUUUGGCUAUGUUUAGUCUUAAAUGAAAAGGUCAGAUCUGGGCAAUGCUAUUAAUAACAGAUCAUAUAUAUACCAAUUUUUCCUGUGCAGACUGAGUCUAAGACAGCAGUGUGUCAUUUGAAAAGUUAAUGUGAGGUAUUGAUGAUUGGUGCCAUUUAGCUCGCCAUAACACAUUAGUUUGGUAACACUUUCUCUCAGUCAUGCCAUGUCCUUCAUCUGACUGGAUGAAUCAUCAGCUUGUGCUGCUGGUGAGAUCACUGGCCAUGCUUGAAGGGAAAGUGUGACCUCCUGAGUGAAUUGUGGAUCCAUCAGUGCAACAGUCACUACAGCAUUAUCUGCAAUUGGCCAUCGUACACGUCCCCUCUCAUGUGAUGCAUCUAUUUUGCACUGCAAAGGGCACUGCAGGUUACCCUUUCAAAUGUUUUAAAGGAGAACUUCACAGGAAUAUUCCAGUACAAAACAUGUCUGUCAAUCAACUGGUUGUCAGAUGAGUCUUUUCAUCUUUUCAUAGUUAAAAAAAAAGAGCAAAAUUUGUAUUUUCAACCCAGUUCCUCUCUGUGGUGGAGCAUUUGUCCUGCAGUAAUUCAUUAUAACAUGCAGGGCAUGCAGUAAAGGUGGGAUUCCACUGAUGAUAGAUAGUACUGAAAUGACGUGUUGUGCUGACAGUCUGUGGCCUGUGUUAAUGUUGAGAAGAGCAGGGAGUGUGUUUGUGUGUGCUAUAAGCCAGAAUGCUUUUGGUUCUGUACCGUUAACUCUCAAACACAUGUGCAAGCUGUUUGUACAGUACAUAACAAUGCUAAGAUGAACUGAGAAACUUAGUUUGCUUCUUUCCAAAACCAAUAAAAGUUAUAACUGGA